CCGAACCCGCAGGGCAUCGAGAUCAAGACCAAGUUCCCCGUGGCGCGCAUCAAGCGGAUCAUGCAGGCGGACGAGGAGGUCGGCAAGGUGGCGCAGGUGACGCCCGUCGCGGUCAACAAGGCGCUGGAGCUGUUCAUGAUCGGGCUGGUGACGGGGGCGGCGGAGCGCGCGCGCGAGAAGGGCGGGAAGAGGGUCACGGCGCAGCAUCUGAAGAUGGUGGUCGAGGCGGACGAGCAGUUUGAUUUCCUGGGUGAGAUUGUGGGGAGGGUGGCCGAGGUGCAGGAGAAUGCGGGAGGAGAGGGGAAGAAGAGGAAG